CAUCCACCAGGGGGCGGUGACGGUGCGUUUUAGGCUUUCACGUCCCCCGGUCAAGCUGUAAACACCAACAGGCCAUGCAGUCGAUUGCGAUAAAGCGUAAAUUGCCGAGUCACGGCUACACAGGAGUUGUUGAACCAACAUGCACGCGGCGUGGACAACAUCCGCGGCGAUGACGGACGCCCGGUUACGUGUCACCGCUCUCAUCCGUCCGUCACAUUCGUAUUAAAGCUACAGCUAAGCUCGCCAACGGCUGAUAGUUGCGAGUGGACUUGCAUAGCGUGACCUCUGUUCACGACAAGUGGGGCGACGUUGAGGUGACUGAAGCGGACAGAAACCGCCUGCAAAUCCGCUGCAGCCAUGGUGUAUAUGCAGGGCUACUGUGAAGCCAAUUCCUCCAUCUCUCGCACCUGGGUGGAUGAAGGCAUCGCCCCCUGCUUCUACUUCACGCUGGUCCCCUCCGUGCUGCUCACCAUCUCCUUCUUCCUCGGCACCAUCCACUGCAUAUUCUACCAGAAAUAUGGCACCCCGAUGGAGCCCAAGUUCAUCCCACGCUCCCGCCUCUACGGCUUCCAGCAGGCCGUCUCCGUCCUCCUGCUGGUCCAGUUUGUGGGUGGGGUGGUGUGGCGGGCUGCCAACGGAGGAGAGCUUCCGGGCUAUGUGGUGUUGUACGGCUGCUUCUCUGCGCUGGGCUGGGCGUGGGCUAUAGCCUUGCUCAGGGUGGAGAGACGCCGGGCCCUGCUGAUGGACCGGACCAGGGGCCACAGCGCGGCCCUGCUGCUGUUCUGGGCCGUGGCGUUCUCAGCGGAGAACUUGGCCUUCGUCUCCUGGUACAGUCCGCACUGGUGGUGGGGCCUGGAGAACCAACAACAGCAGGUGCAGUUCGCCCUGUGGCUGAUGCGCUACAUUGGCACCGGGCUGCUCUUCUUCAUCGGUCUCAAAGCUCCCGGGUUGCCGCGGAAACCGUACAUACUGCUGAUAAAUGAAGACGAGCGGGACGUGGAGAACAGCGGACAGAGCCUUUUGGGCGUAACAGAAGAGAACCAGUCCACCUGGAGGGCUUUCAGGAAGAAAGUCCGCGUGCUCCUUCCCUACAUGUGGCCCCGGGGCAACAUCUUCCUCCAGCUUCUUGUCCUCUUCUGUUUGACGCUGCUGGGAGUCGAGAGAGCAAUCAACGUCUUUGUGCCCAUUUACUACAAGAACAUCGUGAAUGAGCUGACUAACGGCAGCAGCUGGCGCACUCUGUCUACAACAGUGUGCAUUUACGUCCUGCUCAAGUUCCUGCAGGGCGGCGGCGCAGGUGCGUCGGGUUUCGUCAGUAACCUGCGCUCUUUCCUGUGGAUCCGCGUGCAGCAGUUCACCAACCGCGUGGUCCAAGUGCGUCUGUUCAGCCACCUGCACUCGCUCUCCCUGCGCUGGCACCUGGGCCGCAAAACCGGCGAUGUGCUGAGGAGCAUCGACCGCGGCACCUCGUCCAUUAACAGCCUGCUCAGCUACAUAGUGUUCAGCAUCAUCCCAACCAUGGCUGACAUUGGCAUCUCUAUCAUCUACUUUAUCACCUAUUUCAACGCCUGGUUCGGCCUCAUCGUCUUCGUCUGCAUGGCCCUGUACCUCACUCUGACCAUCAUCAUCACCGAAUGGAGAACCAAGUACAGACGAGACAUGAAUCUGCAGGACAACAAUGCCAAGUCCAAGGCUGUGGACUCCUUGUUAAACUUUGAGACGGUGAAGUACUACAAUGCAGAGAACUAUGAGGUUGGGCGCUUUGAGGACGCCAUCUUAAAGUAUCAGGUGUCGGAGUGGAAGACCCAGGCGUCCCUGGCCUUCCUCAACCAAACGCAGAACAUCAUCAUCGGCUCGGGCCUGCUGGCCGGCUCCCUGCUCUGUGCCUACUUUGUGACCGAAGAAAAAGUCAGUUUGACUGAAAACAGAAUCCUCUCGUCUCAGAUUGGAGAUUUUGUUCUUUUUGGUACCUACAUCAUCCAAUUGUACCCCCUCAACUGUUUGGUACCCUACUACAGAAUGAUCCAGAAUUCUUUCAUUGACAUGGAAAGCAUGUUCAAACUUUUCGAAGAGGACGAAGAGGUGAAAGAUGAAGUAAAUGCCGGGAGUCUUCAGUACAAACGGGGGACAGUGGAGUUUGAGAACGUUUACUUCAGCUACGUUAAUGGCAAGGAGAUUCUCACGGAUGUUUCCUUCACUGUACUUCCAGGACAUACAUGUGCCCUGGUGGGACCAUCGGGCUCUGGGAAGAGCACCAUCAUGCGACUCCUCUUCCGUUUCUAUGACGUUCAGGGAGGCUCCAUCAGCAUCGACGGGCAGGAUAUAUCAAAGGUGAAGCAGAGAUCUCUGCGCGCUCACAUCGGCGUGGUUCCCCAGGAUACCGUGCUUUUCAACGACACCAUCCGGGAUAACAUCCGCUACGGCCGCAUCUCCGCUAGCGACCGGGAGGUGGAGGAGGCUGCUGUGGCUGCCGACAUACACGAUAAAAUCAUGACCUUCCCCGAAGGUUACGAUACGCAGGUGGGGGAAAGAGGUCUGAAGCUGAGUGGAGGGGAAAAGCAAAGGGUGGCUAUCGCCAGAACUAUCCUCAAAGCGCCACAGAUCAUCCUGCUGGAUGAGGCCACAUCUGCUCUCGACACGCAGACAGAACGCAACAUCCAGGCCUCUCUGGCUAAAGUCUGUAUCAACCGCACAACAGUUGUUGUCGCUCACAGGUUGUCCACCAUCAUCGGAGCGGACCAGAUUCUGGUGAUCAGUGACGGCCGUAUUGCCGAGCGAGGACGACACGAGGAACUGCUCGUCAAGGGAGGCUUGUACGCGGACAUGUGGCUGAGGCAGCAGCAGGCCCACGACUCGGAUUCCUCGUCAGACACAGAAGCCAAAGACCUCAAGUCUGAGAAACUGCAGCCGCCAUCCACCUCCUCGGGCCCCCACGGCCACUGAAUGUAUUUAUUUGUUUUGUGUUGGGGUUAGAGAACUCUAGUUGUUUUUUACUUGAAAUGAAUGUGCAACAGCAGGUCAUGGAGAAAAGGGAAGGUGCCUUAACCCAACUGAGGAGGAGCAGACCAUGUGGUCCAGUCCAAAUGUACCACAAGACCGUAGUUUUUAGAGGUAUUUGUUGUAAUUAUGGCCAUGGUUUAUAUGUAGGGGUGGGGAAAAAAGAUCAAAUGAAUAGCACAUCAUAAAAAAAGACUUGUGUGUGCAUGUCUCUAUCCGGGGGACAUCCUGAGUGUUUACUUUUUCUUUUUUCUGAGGAUGAUAUUAAAAGAAAGCACUCUUUCCAACUGUAGCUUUUACUUUUCAUAUUCAAAAUUGACAAUCGUGAAUUGGUUUACAUUAACUUAUAAUCGUUGACCUGACGUUGUUAAAACGUGCAGGGGGGGGACUUGCUAAAAGUAAGGGAAUAAAAAAACACUUAGGGGCUAAUGACUCUGUUGUCCACUACUUUAUUUCAUAUGAAAAAUAUCAGAGAUUUUAUUCAGCUGUGUUUUGUUUUUUAAGUUUUCAAUGGCCGAUUUUUCAGUUCUACUGAUGUUUAAAUUAUACAAAGUCCUGAAAAUACUUUUAGUGUAAGCGUGUUUAUAAGUGCACUGAGGUAAAGUGGGGUGAGUUAUUUGUAUUUCCUAAAUGUUGACGAGGUUUCAUGAAUACACAAAAAGUAAAUGUUUGUGUAUUUUUAAAAAGCGUUCGACUGGCUGAUUUCCAUAUAACGUGGUACAAUCCACGUCUGCCUGUUGUUGGCAGAUAUUCUGCCAUGAAAAAGAUGUAAGAUGAAUUUCUGAAUAGGAAUUUGUAAUCAUUUGAUGUUUUGUAUCUGCUUCACAAAAGGGAUUUUCCAUCAUUUCAUUUUUUUUAACGAUCAGUUUUGACUUUUACUUCUGAAAACAAGCAGUUUUUUUUUCCCGUGUGCUCCGGUCUGUGAAGUCAAAACAAGUAAUGAAGCAUAUUCAGGAUGGUGCCAGCAGACCGAAUGCACUUUUGUUUUGUGUCCAUGAACUCUCAAGGAAAAGUAUUACAAUUCUGACUGGAGGUCAACAGAUGCAUCUCCCUGGAAAGUUGUGAUUGAACUAUAAGAACGGUUCAGAGUGGAAGAUGUUUUUUUUUUCUAUCUGUGUCUCCUAAAGUUUUUUCUCUGAAACGGCAAAUAAAAGUGCUGAAUAAAUCAGGAAUUUAUGAAAA